UAGUUGCAAAACGUUUGCGAAAUGAAGCAAGUCAGUAGUAUUAUUCUCAUGAGUUUAUUUUUGGAGAUUACUGCACUUUUUGAUAACGAAAUAACUCUGAAAUGCCAUGGCAAAACCUUCAACAAUGUUACUCUCACUGCCUAUUAUCCUGACUAUACUGACCAGGAUCACGAGCAGGGUUAUCAGGACAAACAUGGCCAAAAAUUGAGGACCUUACAGGAUUAUGUUGACAACAGAGCUGAAUUCGUUACAUUAGCCAUGGAUAGUAUGCUGGAUAUACCUUACGGAACGAAAGUAUGCAUACCCGAACUCAACGAACAUUUUGGACAUAGAAUCCUUUUAGAAGUAAAUGACUCCUCUUUCGAUUUAAAAGGCAGCGGAUACAUGAGAGCAGACAUUUGUGUGAGGACGGAAAUCGACAGCUAUGACGAAGCUGUUAACAGGGUUGUUACCCUUGUAUUUGUGUGAAAAUUGCUUUCAUAAGAAAAUUCAGUCAACUUCACCAUAUUCAUU